AUGAAGCUUCUCAACAACGACAUCCUCGCCAGCACUCUGCUAUUGCUCGCCGCUGUUGGCGAUGUCUCAGCCCAGUGUGCCCUCCCCACAAGCUACCGCUGGACAUCAAGCGGUCCUCUGGCCCAGCCCAAGUCCCCCUUCAAGAACCUGAAGGAUUUCACCGUCGCUCCCUACAACGGCCAGCAGCUCGUCUACGCUUCUGCCUUCAGCAACGCCUGGAAGUCAGUUGGCUUCAGCCCCGUCUCCGACCUCAGCCAGCUCGGCUCUGCUACUCAGACUGAGAUGUCCGGCAGCGCUGUCGCUCCCACCCUCUUCUACUUCAGGCCCAAGGGUAUCUGGAUCUUGGCUCACCAGUGGGGUGCCACAAAGUUCUCUUACAAAACUUCCAACAACCCCACCAACGCCAACGGCUGGUCGCAGUCCCAGCCUCUCUUCACCGGCAACAUCGCCGAAUCUGGCACUGGCCCCAUCGACCAGACUCUCAUCGGUGACAGCAAGAACAUGUACCUGUUCUUCGCUGGAGACAACGGCAAGAUCUACCGUGCCAGCAUGCCCAUCGGCAACUUCCCUGGCAGCUUCGGCUCCAACGCCCAGAUCAUCAUGAGCGACACCAGUGACAACCUCUUCGAGGCCGUCCAGGUCUACUCUAUCAAGGGACAGAACAAGUACCUCAUGCUUGUUGAGGCCAAGGGCAGGAACGGCCGCUACUUCCGUUCUUUCACCGCCAACAGCCUCGACGGCAACUGGACCCCCAACGCUGCCAGCGAGUCCAACCCCUUUGCCGGCAAGGCCAACUCUGGAGCCUCGUGGACCAACGACAUCAGCCACGGAGAGCUUGUCCGUGCCGCCAACGACGAGACCUUCCCCAUCGAUGCUUGCAACCUGAAGCUGCUGUACCAGGGCCGCAACCCCAGUGCUACAGCUCCUAAUUACGACAGCUGGCCUUACCGCCCCGGUCUGUUGACCCUCAAGAAGUAA